AUGAGUUCAGUAAAUGUUACAUUUGUAAAACCAACAAUUUCAGUUAAACAAUUGACUGAAUUUUUUUCAUUUUGUGGGAAAGUUGAAAAUGUAAAUGAAAUUCCAUCAGAUGAUCCAAAAUUUAAAGCUUAUGAAAUUAAUUUUAGUUCACCAAAAGCAGUAUCAACUGCAUUAUUAUUAAAUGAUGCUGAAAUUGAUAAUAGUUUUAUUAGAGUUACUGAAGUUGAAUCUUUAACUGAUCAAGGUCAAGGUGUUGGAUUAUCUGCUAAACAAGAUGGACCUGGUGAAAAUUUUGAUGCUUUAUCUUCAUCAAAAGGUUCAACAACAACUACAACUAAAGAUGCAGUUCAUACUGGUGAUAAAACUUAUGAUGAUGUUGAUCAAGAAGAAAAACCAAAAUAUGCAAUUUUAGCUCAAUUAUUAGCAGAAGGUUAUGUAGUAUCAGAUCAAAUAAUUGAUAAAGGUAUAGAAUUUGAUAAAAAAAAUGGUUAUAGUCAAAAAUUUCAAAAUUUUUUGGAGAAUUUAGAUAAAAAAUAUAUUCAUUCAAAAGAUCCAAAUUCAACAGUAAAUCAACAUUUAACUAAUGCUCAAGAUACUUUUGAAAAAUCUGGAUUAUAUAAAUAUUUUGAAGAUGCUGCUAAUUCAAGUUUAGGUUUAAAAAUUCAUCAAUAUUAUAAAUCAUUUGCAAAAGAUGCUAAAGAUGUUCAUGAAGAAGCUGUUAGAUUAGCUAAAAUUAAAAAAGCUGAAAUUGAAAAGGAAGAAGGUACUGGUGCUUCAACUACUGGCUCAACUACUUCAACUACUACUCCAACUGUUAAAGCUUAA